AUGAAGUGGUGGCCUAGAGGGAGAGAGAGAGAGAGAGAAGCGGCAUCGCAUUGGAGGUUUGCGGGGAGUCUGGGUUUCGGCUUAGGAGCGGCGAAGGCGAUGUUGAAUUUGAAGGAGGAAGCUAUGCGUGUGGAACAAAGAGUUUCAACUCUAGCAAUGCUUGAUCAUGAUCCUCUACUGGGUUCUGCAUCAGAGAAGUGUGAAACUGGAGUUGUGGCACCGGUGGAGUUGUAUAGAGGUGAGAAUGUUGGGAUUGAACGGAUGCUAGAAAGAGGGUUUGUGUUGAAUUGGACAGCGAGUAAUUGCAGCACGUGUGAAAAAAGUGGUGGCAAGUGUGGAUUUGAUUCCUCUACAUAUCACUUCAAAUGUUUCUGCCCUGAUAGACCUCAUGCUCAGUAUUGUAAUUCCGGUGAGUCGUUUUAA